GACUUUUUUGUGACGUCACUUGGGAUGUUUUUUCGCGCGCGAGGCAGGCAGGGCUUCUUGUUUGUCAAUAAUCUGGCUGCCUGUUUCAAUAAGUCUGCUUUUCUCUUUGGCAAUAGAAACGACCGGUUAAUCAUGUCUCUCCGAAGCCACACCGAAGCACAAGUAAAGACUCCUGUAUAUCACGAUCCCUGGGCUAGACGUGAAGCCUGGAGAAAGCACCCCAUUUUCUCCAAGAGCUCCAAUUUCAGAACCUUGUUCCCUGGUCUCGGCAUUGCCACCGUCGCUUUCACCGCAUACUGUGGUUUCGAAUACUUUUUCCUCAAGGACAAGAAGCACCACUAAAUCGUUUAGACGCACCUAAAUUCUCUCGAUCGGAAAGAUUCUGCACACGGCAUGUUGACGAUUCCAUAGCACGCCCCAAAUUGAUAUCAUAAUGUUUAACCGAUGCUCAGCAAUCUCUCGAUUAAAAAACACCUUUUUAUUUAAUUA